UCGAUCGGCUAGGACGAUGCAGGUCAAGUCCGGCUACGGCUCCGACGGGGUCUACCGCUCGCUCCGGGCGCACAUCGCCUUCCCCGACGACCCCGACCUCUCCAUGGUCCCAUUUUUCUUCCGCCGGGCCGUCGCGUACCCCGACCGCCUCGCCCUGGCCGACGCCGACACCGGCGCCUCCCUCUCCUUUCAGGCCCUCCGGUCCGCCGUCCUCUCCGCUGCCGCCGGCUUCUCCUCCCUCUGCGGCAUCCGCAAGGGCGACGUCGUCCUCAUGUUCGCCCCCAACUCCCUCCACUUCCCCGUCUCCUUCCUCGCCGUCGUCUCCUUCGGUGCCAUUGUCACCACCGUCAACCCGAUCUACACCGGCCACGAACUCGCCAGCCAGGCCCGCGAUGCCGGCGCCAAGCUCGUCGUCACCACCCCGGAGCUCUGGCCCAAGGCCGCCGCCUUGCGCCUCCCCACCGUCAUCAUCGGCCCCAGCGGCUCCCCCUUGUCCCCUCCCCCCGAGACCCCCGUCACCUUCUUCGACGACCUCGUCGCCAACUCCGAUCCGGCGGGGUUCUCGCCGCCGCCGGUGUACCAGUCGGACGUGGCGGCGCUGCUCUACUCAUCGGGGACCACCGGUACGAGCAAGGGCGUCGUGCUGACCCACCGGAACUUCAUCUGCACCGCCAUGAUGAUGACGGCGGAUCAAGAUUUUAGGGGGGAGGGGCAGAACACCUUCCUCUGCUUUCUGCCCAUGUUCCAUGCAGCCGGCCUGUCACCGAUCACCUACGCCCAAAUGCAGAGGGGCAACAGCAUCGUGUCCAUGUCCAGGUUCGACAUGGAGGCGAUGUUGAGGGCGAUCGAGAAGUACAGGGUCACGCACUUCUAUUGCGCGCCGCCGGUGAUGAUCGCGCUUGCUAAGCAGGGGAAGGUGACCAAGUACGAUCUCAGCUCGGUGAGGCUUGUGGGUUCUGGCGCAGCGCCUUUAGGGAAGGAUAUGAUGGAAAUAGUCGCUAACAACUUGCCUCACGCCGACAUAGUGCAGGUAUAUGGUAUGACAGAGACUUGUGGACUCAUAUCGCUAGAAAUUCCUGCCCCGGGUGAGGUUCGUGAUUUUGGUUCUGUUGGAACAAUGGUGUCUGGAAUGGAGGCUAAAGUUGUCAGUGUAGACACAUUGAAGCCUCUACCACCUAAUCAAUUAGGCGAAUUGUGCUUCCGUGGACCAAACAUAAUGCAAGGGUAUAUUAACAAUCCACAAGCAACAAACUUGACUUUGAAAGAUGGAUGGUUACAUACCGGCGAUCUUGGCUAUUUUGAUGAAAAGGGACAAUUGUUUGUCGUUGAUCGAAUUAAAGAACUCAUCAAGUACAAAGGUCAUCAGGUUGCACCUGCUGAACUGGAGGGAUUGCUUCUUUCACAUCCUGAGAUAUUAGAUGCAGUUGUUAUUCCGUUUCCUAACGCUGAAGCUGGAGAGGUUCCAAUUGCUUAUGUGGUCCGAUCUCCUAAUAGUUCAUUGACUGAAGAAGAUGUCCAGAACUUCAUCUCGAAACUGGUUGCACCUAUUAAGAGGUUGAGAAGAGUUACCUUUGUCAACUCUGUACCCAAGUCUGCCGCAGGAAAAAUACUAAGAAGAGUGCUGAUUGAGAAGGCAAGAUCAAAGUUGUAGAGGGUGUUACUUCCCUCGUAACAUUUAUCCCAGGUUGGAAGUGAGAGAU